AUGACCAAGCCCGACGAUUCCAAGAUCAAGGUCCUGCGGCUGGGGCACGUGUACUACAAACACAAGGACUCAGCCAAGGCCGAAAAGUUCCUGGCGGCCUUUGGCUUUAUAGAGGUCAAGAGAGAGGGGAAGAGGAUCUACUACAGGGGCUACGGGAGUGAACCCUUCCUCUACUGCCUGGAGGAGUCUUCUGCCAAUGAGUUUGGAGGGGCCGCUCUGGUGGUGGAGUCUCCCGAGGACCUCGAAAAGGCUCGCGCGAUCUUUCCAGAUGCCACUGACAUUUACGAUCUUGACGAGGCGCCAGGCGGAGGGCGGUGCGUGACAGUCAAGGACCCCAUUGAUGGCUGGCCUCUGCAUCUGGUCUAUGGCCAGACGCCUAUAGAACCUAUCAAGGAUUACCGGUACCUUGACUUCAAUUUUCCUCACAAGAAGAACCGUGCGGGUAACGAGUUCCAGAGAUUCGAGAAGGGACCGGCGCUCAUCCACAAGCUGGGGCAUUUUGGGCUCUGUGUAACCCAGUUCCAAAAGACGUUUGACUUUUACACCACAAACUUCAACUUUGUGCCAAGCGAUGUAAGAAACCGCGGCACACUGCAUCAGACUCUAGCUCACGACGUGAUGCAGAUUCAGCACGACGAGACUGGACGACAUAUUGCCUCAUUUUUACACCUAGACCUGGGAGAGACUUUUACAGAUCAUCAUAGCUUCUUCAUCUUUGAAGGUCCCAAGUCUCAUGUCCAUCAUUCCUCGUUCGAGGUUCACGACUUUGACGUCGAGGUGCUCGGGCACGACUACCUGCGUGACCAGGGCUAUCAGAACUGCUGGGGCGUUGGGCGGCACGUCCUGGGUAGCCAGAUCUUUGACUACUGGUACGAUCCGUCUGGCUUCAUCGUCGAACACUAUGUAGAUGGAGACCAAGUGAACUGUCACUCCAAAACCAAUAUCGAACUUGCCACACCCGACGGGCUUCACGUCUGGGGACCCCGAUUACCGGAAGGAUUUCUCACCUGA